AAUAUAUUUUCUUUUUUUCAGAGCGUUUAGUAUUAGCGCUUUUGGUAUGGUCUUAUUACGGUACAAAAUUAUCGUUCUCUUUUUAAGCUACAAUGUAAUACUUGCCAAAGAGUACAGCUCUUUUAAAGAGACAGAAGAAAAGUUAAAAAAUGAGUAUUUUGUACCUGUCGAAAAUUGGAAGUAUUCUGAAGGCGCUGGCUGGCGUGAACCGACUGUUUUUGUCCCGAUUUUUGUCCGAAAUAAGGCACACGCACUGCCCUAUUUUUUAAAGUGUCUGUAUGACCUUAAUUAUCCUAAAAAGAGACUCUCACUUUGGAUAGUAACUGACCACAACAGUGACAACUCUUCACAAAUUCUGGAAAAAUGGACAAACACGGUAAAACACGAGUAUCAUGACUUGGUUUUUGAAAAACCAGAUACGGAAUGGUUCUAUAAAGAACAAAAAGGCAAUUUACACUGGCCUGAAGAAAGACAUAUCAAAAUGCUGCAACUAAGACAGCAGGCAUUAGAAAAAGCCAGAAAAAUGUGGUCUGAUUUUAUACUGUACUUAGACGCUGAUAAUAUGUUAAUAAAUCCACAUACGUUACAACAUCUAAUAUCAAGGGAUUUGACUAUUGUAGCUCCAAUGCUGACCACGAUAGCAAGUUACGCUAAUUUCUGGGCAGACCAAGAUGAAAAUGGCUACUAUAAAAGAGCUGACAACUACUUUGAAAUUCGUAAUCGAGAAACUGUAGGUGUUUUCGAGGUGCCGAUGGUACAUUCUACAUUCUUAGUCAAUUUAGUGGCAAGAAAAUCACGUAAAUUGCGGUUUUGGCCGUUACACGAAGACUACUAUCUUUUGGUAGAUGAUAUAAUAGUGUUUUCGAUUCAUGCUAAAUUAGCAGAUAUACCAUUAUAUAUCGACAACACACAUAUAUAUGGGUGUAUGCCAAUACCAUUAAAACACGAUCAAUCGCUAAGAGAAGAAGUUGAAACAUUCACCCAUUUUAUAAUGGAAAUUAUGACUGAGCCACCUGUUGGAAUAGGAAUUGAAAUUCAACCAGUGGAUUAUUUAAAACCAGUGUUUCACAAUACAAGUUUGGGAUUUGAUAAGAUUUUUAUGAUCAAUUUGGAAAGAAGGGAAGACAGAUACUACAGAAUGUCUAAAGCUCUUGAAUUGCAAGGAAUUGAGUUUACACACUUUAAAGCUGUGGACAGCAAGACUUUAAACACAACGUAUUUGAAACACAUGGGAAUCGACAUGUUGCCUGGUUAUGUAGAUCCUUAUAGAGAACGAACUUUAACUCGUGGGGAAAUUGGCUGUUUUCUGUCUCACUACUUUAUUUGGCAAGAGGUGGUUAAAAAUAAAUUGGACCAAGUUAUUGUUUUUGAGGAUGAUUUAAGAUUUGAGAUUUCUUUUAAUAGAAGAUUGAAAAAUGUAAUGCAAGAAAUUGAAGAUGCUAAAUUGGAAUGGGAUUUAAUAUAUAUCGGCCGAAAACGAAUGCAGAUAAAAGAACCAGAAAAAUCUGUUCCAGACUGCCCCCUUUUAGUUGAGGCAGACUAUUCAUACUGGACACUUGCAUACAUUUUGUCCAAUUCUGGUGCUCAAAAACUACUUGCUGGCAAGCCCCUACAUAGAAUGGUGCCAGUCGAUGAAUAUCUGCCCAUUAUGUUCAACAAACACCCAAUAGAAAAAUAUAUGACGCCUUUUGAGAAAAGAGAUCUAAAAGCAUUUUCAGUGAAUCCUUUAUUGAUAUACCCAACUCAUUACACAGGUCAAAUUAACUACUUUAGUGACACAGAAACGUCUUCAAUUUGGGAAGAUGUCCAUGCUAGCAAAGAAGAAUUAUAAAUACCUGUAUUCAAUUCAGUAUUGCAGUUAAUCAUAUGCAGUAAAAUCAUGACAUUUUCAAGGCAUGUUUUUCAUACCCGCUUUUUUAAUAACCCUUAGACAAAUAA